CUUUUCUUUGACCACGCAGAUCAGGCCACCCCCGCGCUUCCCCAGACCAUUGCGUCAAAAUCCCUCCCGCAUUUAACCUCGCCAUCUACCCACUGCGCGGUUUGCUGUUUGACUUGUUGCGAGAAGCCUAAUUUGAGACGCUUCCAUCGCAAGCACUUGAAUUAAGUUGAGGAUCUCAGGUAAGUUUUCUUUCAGUCCACGAUGGCUGAAGAAAAUCCGAACCACCCAGCCUCUUCGGCUGCGGAACACGAGACAUCCGCACCGGCUACCUCGGCUAUUCUCCCUCCUCAGCAUUGGGUUCAAAUCGCGCAGACAGGGGAAGGGGACAACGCUGACACUGAUUCGACCAUCGACGCCGACAAUGCCUCCUCAACAGCGUCCAUCACCUCCAGCAUCCUUCAGUACAGGACGAUACACGGCAGAACCUACCACAGCGAGCAGGGAAAUGCGCAAUAUUGGGGAUCUAACGACGAGGCACAGAUUGAAUUAAUGGAUGUUACUCAUCACAUUCUUACCCUUGGGAUUGGAGGAAAACUCCAUCUGGCGCCUUUAGAAAAAGAUAAAGUCCAGCGAGUUAUCGACAUUGGAACUGGAACUGGAAUAUGGGCUAUUGACUUCGCGGAUGAAUACCCUGGCGCAGAGGUCAUUGGAACGGACCUCUCUCCCAUCCAGCCAUCCUGGGUGCCACCAAACGUGCAAUUCGAGAUCGAAGACUGCACACGAGAAUGGACUUUCGAAUCUAGCUCUGCAGAUUUCAUCCACAUGAGAUGGCUAUUUGGCAGCAUCAAAGAUUGGAAUGAACUCUGCUCUGAGGCAUUCAGGGUCUGCAAACCUGGUGGAUGGUUUGAGAGUCUUGAAGCUUCCACGGUCGUCAGUACUGACGAUGAUACGGUUGAUGGGAAUUCAGCCAUGGGGCAAUGGGGAAAGUUCUUUAUCGAAGGCAGUAAGAAAAUGGGAACAAGCGCCACAGUCGUUGAGGACGGUACGCAGAAGACGGCCAUGGAACAAGCCGGCUUCAUCAACAUUCAAGAAUUCAACUUCAAGAAUCCCAUUGGCGACUGGCCCAAAGACCCAAUCAUGAAAGAGAUGGGUGCAUACACCAAAUAUGGUCUCGACACGGAUAGCGAAGGGUUUGUCUUGUUCAUGGCUCACACUUUGGGCUGGACGAGACCCGAGAUCCUGGUCUAUCUCGCACAUUUUCGACGCGAGUUGCGCUCAGGGGAGCAUCACGGUUAUUUCAGGCAAAAGGUGGUUUGGGGCCAGAAACCAGAUGCGGCUUCUGAAUAAGCUGCGCCAACAUGCCGAUGUUGAGAGAUUGAGAACUUGGAAUUAGGUAUCUAGCCAAGGAGGUCGAUUUUGCAGCCGGUUUUUACGUUACGCAUCUCUGCCAGUUGCGAAGUGAUGCACUUUCCCUGACGGCUAA